UGGCUCGUGGGUGGCUCUCUGGCAAUCGCAAAGCGGAACCUCACCCCAAAAGGCACCAUGAUAGUGAUGACUGAUGUCACUGCAGCCCCCGGAUUGGGGUCAGCUGCCACCACUCCAGCCGUGGCUCCCAACUUCUCCUGGAUGCCGGAGGACGGCAGCCCCACAGCUGUGGAGCAGCCCAUAUUCCUCAUGACCACUGCUGCUCAGGCCAUCUCAGGUUUCUUUGUAUGGACAGCUUUGCUCAUCACCUGCCAUCAGAUCUACAUGCAUCUUCGCUGCUACAGCUGCCCAAACGAACAGCGCUACAUCGUUCGGAUCCUCUUCAUUGUGCCCAUUUAUGCCUUUGACUCAUGGCUCAGCCUCCUGUUCUUCACCAAUGACCAGUACUAUGUUUACUUUGGCACAGUGCGGGACUGCUAUGAAGCCUUUGUAAUAUACAACUUCCUCAGCCUCUGCUAUGAGUACUUGGGAGGGGAGAGCUCCAUCAUGUCCGAGAUCAGAGGGAAGCCAAUUGAGUCCAGCUGUGUAUAUGGGACUUGCUGCCUGUGGGGAAAGACCUAUUCAAUUGGAUUCCUGAGGUUCUGCAAACAGGCCACCCUGCAGUUCUGUGUGGUGAAGCCCCUCAUGGCGAUCAGCACAGUCAUCCUUCAGGCCUUCGGCAAGUACCAGGAUGGUGACUUUGAUGUAACCAGUGGCUACCUCUAUGUGACGAUCAUCUACAACAUCUCUGUCAGCCUGGCACUGUACGCCCUCUUCCUUUUCUACUUUGCCACACGUGAGCUGCUCAGUCCCUACAGCCCAGUCCUCAAGUUCUUCAUGGUGAAGUCUGUCAUCUUCCUCUCCUUCUGGCAAGGGAUGCUGUUGGCCAUCUUGGAAAAGUGUGGUGCCAUCCCCAAAAUCCACUCCGCCAACGUGUCUGUGGGUGAAGGCACUGUAGCUGCUGGGUAUCAGGAUUUUAUCAUUUGCGUGGAGAUGUUCUUUGCAGCCAUCGCCCUGCGCCAUGCCUUCACAUACAAGGUGUAUGCGGACAAGAGACUCGACGCCCAAGGUCGCUGUGCUCCCAUGAAAAGCAUCUCCAGCAGCCUCAAGGAGACCAUGAACCCCCAUGACAUUGUCCAAGACGCGAUCCACAACUUCUCCCCGGCCUACCAGCAGUACACGCAGCAGUCGACACUGGAGCAUGGUCCACCCUGGCGCAACGGCAGUCACGUUAUCUCGCGCUCCCACAGCUGCUCGGGUGCCCGUGACAAUGAAAAGACCCUUCUGCUGAGCUCCGAUGAUGAAUUCUAGGAGGGCACACUGCCAGCAGAGGCUGUAAUUCUCCUUCUUUUGUUUUUCUUUUUUAAAAAUUUGUUAUUCUUUUUUAAUUUAUUGAAGCAGAAACAUGCAAGUCAUAUCACUUUCUAGAGAGUGCUAAUUGCAGAAGUGGGCAGUUCCCAUUUGCUUCUGUGGGUACGGACAUGAUGAGCGGUGCAGAAGUGUGGGAAUGGCCAGGACU